GUUGUGUCGUCAUCCCUGCGCGACUGUCUAUCCAGUCUUCUCAACAUGUGAAGACAGAUGGUCAGACUAACAACUUUCAACCUGGCAAAACCAUAAGUCAACAAAGCAGCCGUUUUGAACGAGACUGGUGAUUUGUUCGUACACAUUUGGCGAGAACACCGACCUCUUGUGGCAUUAGCUCGGAUUAAUCACGGUUGUUAAAGUAGCUUUUAGUCGGUUAGCAGCAUGGACAACACAGAAGAAAACGCCGUCCAACUCCAUGGAGAUGAGGAAAUUAUUGAAGUCAUCGACCUGAACGAAGCAGAGCCGGGUCCUGAUGAUUUGGCUGAUGACCUGGAGGACGUCGACUUUGAAGAUGCUGCAAAUGCUGAUGAUGAAGGCUGGGAGACAGAGGACGAGAUGGAGGCUGAGGCAGAGCAGGACGACAGUGAGCUCACCUUCUCCAAACACACAGGGUCUGUGUUCUGUGUCAGUUUGGAUCCUGCCACAAAUAGCCUGGCAGUGACAGGAGGGGAGGAUGACAAGGCCUAUGUUUGGAGGGUGAGCGACGGGGAGGUGCUGCUCGAAUGCACAGGACAUAAAGACUCUGUGACAUGUGCUGUGUUCAGUCACGACUCCUCUCUGGUGGCUUCAGGUGACAUGAGCGGCUUGAUAAAAGUCUGGAAAGUGGAAACCAAGGAGGAAAUUUGGUCUUUUGAAGUAGGAGAUCUGGAGUGGUUGGAGUGGCAUCCUUGCGCUCCGGUGCUGCUCGCAGGAACAGACGACGGCAACGUGUGGAUGUGGAAGAUUCCGUCUGGAGACUGUAAGACCUUUGAGAGUCCUGCGUGUCAGGCCACCAGCGGCAAAGUCUUACCUGACGGUAAAAGAGCUGUAGUGGGAUAUGAGGAUGGAACGGUACGAGUGUGGGACUUAAAGCAGGCCAGCGCCAUCCAUGUCAUCAAAGGUCAGGAUGGCCACAAGGGGGCACUAACCAGCCUAUCGUGCACCCAGGACGGCAGUCUGGUGCUGACAGGGUCAGUGGAUGGCAGCGCUAAGCUCAUCAACACCAGCACAGGAAAAGUGGUCGGUGCGUUCUCUGCGGAGGUAAACAAGGCUAGUAUGUCAGCAGACCAGAAUGACGCCAACUGUGUGGAAUCUGUGGGAUUCUGCAACGUGCUGCCUCUCAUCGCUGUGGCCUACCUGGACGGGACUCUGGCCAUCUACGAUCUCUCCACACAGGCCCUGAGGCACAGGUGCCAGCAUGAGGCCGGCAUUGUUCACCUGCAGUGGGAGGAGUCUUCUCCUGUGGUGGCCACCUGUUGUUUGGACGGAGCCCUGCGCUUAUGGGACGCUCGGACAGGCAACAUGGUGUCAGAAUACCGCGGUCACAUGGCUGAGAUUCUGGACUUCACCACAAACAGGGAAGGGUCUCUGGCUGUGACCGCCUCAGGAGAUUACCAAGUCAAGGUCUUCUGUCUCCAAAGACCUGACCGAUAAAACCAGCUGGACAACGAUGAUAACAUACAGAUGAAAAUAUUCACAGUAACAUCAGAAAAGUUUAUCAGACUCUUUUUCUUCUUGGACACUGAACAUUGUCAGAUCCUCAUGAUAAAAUGAAAACCUCUUUAUGAUCUUAUCACCUUACCUGACUUUUGAGUGGGAUUGUUGCAUUUAAGUAGUCAUUUUCCUGGUACACUUGUUCCACUGCCAGAUCAUGAAAAUACAUACAUUAGUAGCAGUAGUUAAUGAAAUGGCUGCAUCUUAAUUUAUUGGGAUGUGUAGCCAUGGACCACCCAGAUAUACCUAAUAAAGUUGGUUGGCUGGUGGCUGUAGAUGAAGUUCACGCAAAUAUAAAAUGUUUUUACCAAACAGUUCCUCACUGGAGGCUCCAGAUGGUCAGUGUUGAAAUGAUGAUUUGACACAAUUAUUAAUGUCAUUUUAAAAUGUCCUGUGACUUCCUCUGACUCAGUGUGAUUAUGGUCUAAGUUUGACUUAAACUGGUUGACCUCUGUGGGAGUGUGAACUCAGCAUGCUCUUGUUGAAACAAAAUAAAUAUGCCACAAUGUGGUCGACAACAUGUCAAACUGU